UGUCUCCCUUCUCUUAAAAAGUCGACUCUAAACCCGUUGCCCAAACUGCAUCAGGAUGUCGACAUUACUUGUUCCUUUCUCCAACUUAUAUUUUAUUUCUGUAACCAACCUAUCGAGAUUCUCGUACUUACCCUCCCACUCAUUCAUGUUGUUGGAUGUUUCCGGGAUAUCCUCUUACGCAAAUCUCUCCACUUUUUUUUUCAUGAUCCCAACGAGAUCUUCUUCUUAGUCACCCAAUGUUCGUCAAUCUCUGAUUUGAUCCCAUCCUUUGCAAUUUGUGAUAUUGAAUUGAAAAAAAGCUGAUUCUGGGUUUUAUUGUUUAGGUUCUUUGGAACUUGUUCCCUCUCUCAGCAACAGAGUCCAUUUUGCAGAUAGUUCCGGACACAAUGGCUGCUUCAUCAUCAACCAUCCUCUGCAAUGCCUCCGAGUCAGACCCUUGUCGUGACGACUCCGCAGCGUUUCUACUGAAGCUAGUAGCCAUUGCAUCCAUCCUCUUAUCCGGUGCAGCAGGUGUAUCUGUACCACUCAUUGGCAGGAACCGCCGGUUCCUUCAAACCGACGGCAGCCUCUUUGUAACCGCUAAAGCCUUUGCAGCAGGUGUGAUCCUCGCCACUGGGUUUGUUCACAUGUUAGCCGGAGGCACAGAGGCUUUGAAGAACCCGUGCUUGCCGGAGUUCCCUUGGUCUAAGUUUCCUUUCCCGGGGUUCUUUGCUAUGGUUGCUGCUUUGAUCACUCUGCUUGUGGAUUUCAUGGGGACUCAGUACUAUGAGAGGAAGCAAGAGAGGGAAGCUGAUGAUGAUCAGUUGCAGGGUAUUGUUGUUCCCUUGGUUGGUGAAGGAGGAUGUAACGAUGAGAAAGUGUUUGGAGAAGAAGACAAUGGUGGAAUUCACAUUGUUGGCAUUCAUGCUCAUGCUGCUCACCAUAGACAUAGUCACCCUCAUGGUCAUGGUUCGUGUGAUGGACACAGUAAAAUCGACAUUGGUCAUGGACAUGGACACGUGCAUGGGGGUUUGGAGCUUGGAAGUGGUGCAAGGCAUGUUGUUGUUUCUCAGGUUUUGGAGCUUGGGAUCGUGUCACACUCCAUUAUCAUCGGCAUAUCACUUGGAGUAUCUCAGUCUCCAUGCACAAUCCGGCCACUCAUCGCAGCACUAUCCUUCCACCAAUUCUUUGAAGGGUUUGCGCUCGGUGGAUGCAUCUCCCAAGCGCAGUUCAGGAACAAGUCAGCGACCAUAAUGGCAUGCUUUUUCGCCCUCACGACGCCUAUAGGGAUAGGGAUUGGAACUGCAGUGGCGUCGUCUUUCAACUCUCACAGCGUUGGAGCGUUGGUCACGGAAGGUGUAUUGGAUUCGCUGUCGGCAGGGAUACUUGUGUACAUGGCUUUGGUGGAUCUUAUAGCUGCUGAUUUCUUGAGUAAGAGGAUGAGUUGUAACUUUAGGCUUCAGAUUGUUUCUUAUUUGAUGUUGUUCCUUGGAGCUGGACUCAUGUCUUCUCUUGCUAUUUGGGCUUAGAUUGUGAGAUUCUUUCUUUUGUUAUAGCUGCUACAAACAAUGUGUAUAGUUCUAGAAUAAUCAAAUCUCGGAUGAGUUAUUCUUUCUUC